CUCAUUCAGCAUCCAGCAUCCAGCAGCCAAGAGUCUGAGCAACUUCUCACUCAGCUUUCAUCAGACAACGAUCCGAUUGGUUAGAACUGGGACGAUUCAGAUUAUUUAAAAACUAAAACAUGGCUUUGAGAGGACCCUUAUUCCGUCUUCUCAGACCUCAACUUGGCCAAACGUGCCAACAAAGCAGAGCUCAAUCCGUCGCUGUGCUUGGAGCUCCUUUCUCAAAAGGACAGAAAAGGAGAGGCGUGGAGCACGGCCCUAAAGCCAUCAGAGAUGCGGGGCUCAUCGAGAGGCUUUCCGGGUUAGAUUACUCCGUGCACGACUUUGGGGACCUGAACUUCCACCACCUGGAGAAGGAUGAGCCCUACAUGGACGUGAAGUUCCCUCGCUCUGUGGGCGGAGCCAACAAGAUGCUGUCGGGCGCCGUGAGCCGAGCCAUUGGUGCAGGACACACACUCGUCAUGCUGGGGGGAGACCACAGCCUUGCUAUUGGCUCAGUGAGCGGCCAUGCGCAGCAGUGUCCUGACCUGUGUCUGAUCUGGGUGGACGCUCACGCAGACAUCAACACGCCCAUGAGCUCUCCUUCAGGAAGCCUCCACGGCCAGCCCGUCUCAUUCAUGCUCAAAGAGCUGACGGACAAGAUGCCAGAUAUCCCAGGGUUCUCCUGGACGAAGCCCUUCCUCUCCUCAAGCGACCUUGUGUACAUCGGCCUGCGAGACGUUGACCCCGGAGAGUACCACAUCCUAAAAAACCUGGGCAUCCAGUACUUCACCAUGAGGGACAUCGACCGACUGGGCAUCCAGAGAGUCAUGGAGGUCACUCUGGACCACCUCCUGUCCAGAAAACAGAGACCGAUCCACUUGAGUUUCGACAUCGACGCCUUCGACCCGUCUCUGGCUCCGGCCACAGGAACGCCGGUGAACGGAGGCUUGACCUACAGGGAGGGGAUCUACAUCACAGAGGAAAUCCACAACACAGGCCUGCUGUCAGCCAUGGACCUGGUGGAGGUGAACCCGACGCUCGGGGCGACUCGUGAGGCCGUGGAAGCGACCGCCUCUCUAGCGGUGGACAUCAUCGCGUCGUCUCUGGGUCAGACGAGAGAAGGCGCUCCGGUCUCCAUCCUCGAGAUCCCGUCUGUGAAGGACGACACGGAGCAGCUGCGUCUCUAGAAGAGAGACAAACAAAAAAGCUUUGGACUUUAUAUCAACACCGACCCUGUGAUCAUUCCACAAUCCUGAAAACAAGACUGUAAAAAGACUGAAUCUAAACGUAGAGAUUUUGUUCCCGGUCUGAUGUUUAGUUAUGUUUUAUGAAGACAAACUAUAAUACAGAGGGCUUCACAGAUUGAGACGGAAGCCCUCGAGACACUGAUUGAUGGAAAUACUAUUAAUUUAAAGCAGCAAUACUAACUUAUGUGAGUAAUAAGUUAAGAGAGCACACAGCUUCCUCAUAUUUAUUGUGUGUUUGGUUCAAAGAGAAUGAACCUGCCUCAGAGGUAUGAUAAACCAAGUUUCCCUUAGUUUGACUCUCACAACUGUUUUGUGCCAGUUACUAAAACCUAGUAAUGAUGUGUUUGCACUUUUGGACCAGCUGUGGUUACUGUAUUUUCUUUAGAGUUUACUUUUGUAUUUCCACAUUGAACCUACUAGUACACUUACUAUUAUUAGUGGGAACUGAUAUUUUAUGACUACAUGAGUGUUAAUUGGCUUGAAAAGUCCAAAAUGCAGCUUUGAUUCAAACGCUGGCAGAACAACACCACCUGUUUGCAUCACUGAGCUCCAGAGCUUCACUUGAUGUUGCCACCAUUCGACUUUGUCCUUGUAGCAAAGAGUUUAUAUUUUGGUCUUCCAUAAAUGUUAUUACAUUUUUCGUGCAUGU